UAAAUCGUUAUCAUAAACUAUACCAAACACAACAUAUAUUCCCAAAUAAUAAUAUUAAAAAAGUUGGAAACAAUUUUAGAAUUUUGAAUCAUUGGGCUUUGUAGAGUCAAAAGAUGUAGUUGCCCAAUUUGCUCAUUGGGCAUGUGCAACCCCACGAAGGCACACAUGAAAUCCAGAAUAUGUAAGCUUCUUCUCUCUCAACCCAUCUCCAACACUCAAAGACAAGCAUCCACUUUAUGUUAUAGCCAUCUAAUUGAAACCCAGAAGUCUCAUGGACGUGAAAUUAAACUGGGAAUUUCAGCUGUUGAAUCAAACAUUGUUCAAUCUAGCUGUGAAUCCAAAGCAUUCUCAGAUGCUCACCAAUUGUUCGACGAAAUGUCUGACUGGGACGUAGUUUCGGCCACAACAAUAAUUAGCCGCUUCGCUCAACGCCAUCGUCACAAGGAGGCAAUCUCUCUCUUCUCAACAAUGCUUGUGAUGAAUAUCAGACCCAAUGAAUUCACUUUUGGCACUGUCAUACACUCUUCCACAGCUCUACGAGACCUCAAUUUAGGCAAACAACUUCAUGCUUGUGCGGCGAAGAUAGACCUCGCGUCAAAUGUCUUUGUGGGUAGUGCAAUUUUGGACCUCUAUGCCAAGUUGAGCACAAUCGAGGAAGCUCAAAGAGCUUUUGAAGAUACUCACGAGCCUAAUGUGGUUUCUUAUACAACUUUGAUUUGUGGGUACCUCAAGAAAGAGAUGUUUGACGAUGCUUUUGGGCUUUUCCAGGCAAUGCCGGAGAGGAAUGUUGUUUCGUGGAAUGCGAUGAUUGGGGGGCAUAGCCAAACGGGCCAUAAUGAGGAGGCUGUGAAUCUUUUUGUUGAGAUGUUGAGAGAAGGGUUUGUGCCCAGCCAGUCUACUUUUCCUUGUGCUAUGAGUGCAGCUGCCAAUAUAGCCGCGCUUGGAAUGGGCAGAAGUUUCCAUGCUUGCGCGAUUAAGUUCUUGGGCGAUCUUGGCAUGUUUGUUGCCAAUUCUCUGGUCAGUUUUUAUGCAAAAUGUGGAAGUAUGGAAGAUAGUUUCUUGGUCUUUAGCAAACUCCCUGAAAGAAAUAUAGUUUCUUGGAAUGCUUUGAUAUGUGGGUAUGCGCAAAACGGGAGAGGAAGAGAAGCCAUAGAUCUUUUCCAUAAAAUACAACACCCAAGUCUUCAACCUAAUAGCGUAACACUACUUGGUGUACUUCUGGCUUGUAACCAUGUUGGCCUUGUCCAUGAGGGUUAUUCAUAUUUCAACCAAGCAAGACUCAAAGACCCCAACAUGCUAAAACCAGAGCACUAUGCUUGUAUGGUUGAUCUACUUUCUCGCUCUGGACAUUUCCAGGAAGCAGGGAGGUUUAUCCAUGACUUGCCUUUUGACCCGGGAAUUGGGUUUUGGAAAUCAUUGCUUGGAGGGUGCCUAAUCCACUCAAAUAUGGAAUUGGGAGAGCUUGCUGCCACAAAAAUUCUGGCUUUGGAUCCUGGAGACGUUUCAUCGUACGUUAUGCUGUCAAAUGCACAUUCGGCUGCUGGGAGGUGGCAGAGCAUGUCGAUGAUCAGACAAGAGAUGAGGGAGAAAGGGAUGAAAAGGGUCCCGGGGUGUAGUUGGAUUGAAAUUGAAAACCGCAUUCAUGUGUUUGGUACUGCGGAUAGGACACACAGCAAAAAGGAUGAGAUUUAUACGGUACUGACGUUUUUCUUGAACAUGUGAUGGAAAGCAGCCAAGCUUCCAAACUUUUGACAGAAUCUUAUAUCCAGUUUUAUGUUCACAAUUUUGUGUAAAGACAUGAUUCAAGAGACUCUGAUUUAUGGAGUAAUGAAUGAAAUUGGUAUAUUUCACAUUC